AUGGUGGUCAUUAGCGCUUGCAUCAGCAGCAGAGUCCGGCCUCUCCUUGCGAGACAGUUUGUGGACAUACGCCGAACCAAGGUGGAGGGCCUGUUGCAUGCAUUUGUUAAGCUUGUGGAUUAUUCGGGUUCCGACCAUACUUAUCUCGAGACAGAAUCUGUACGGUAUGUAUAUCAGCCCAUUGAAAACCUCUACCUCGUUCUGAUAACGACGAAGAGCAGUAACAUUUUCGAGGACCUUGGCACCCUAAGGAUGUUCGAAACUUGUGGAGAGAGCCACGGAAUGGGCAGCCUCGAAGACAGCGUAGCGGCGCACGCUUUUGAUAUUGUAUUUAUGCUCGACGAGCUAAUUAGCGGCGGCUAUAGGGAGGCGCUUACGCUUCAGCAGAUCCAGUCCUACGUCGCCAUGGACUCUCACGAAGAGAAGCUGCAGAGAAUGAUCGCUGAGGGUAAGGAGAAGGAACAGGCAGAUAGACGGCGGGAAAUUGCCCAGAGGCUCGAGAAGGAGAAACAAGCGGCGAAGAAAGCAGGAAAAGGGCUGGACGCUGCUGGUUUUCGCACUUCCGCCGGAGCAACUCAGCUGUCUCGGGGUCCUCCCGCCGUAUCUGCCCCUCAAGAAGCCCCUCCUAGUGAACCGUACUGGGGAUUGUCGGCGCACAGUGGGGGGAUUUAUGGCGCGCAGCACCAGGCUUCCCCGUCGGUCACUCCAGGGGCAGCAAGAGGGAGCCAACAGUCAAAAGGCAUGCAGCUUGGGUUUAAGGCACCUGUUGGGGGAGUCGACAGUUCAUUGCAGAACCUCGUGCUCGAUGAACAGAUUAAAUCAACCGGUGAAUAUGCCGACGCUCAGCAUGAUCAAGUUUUAAACGACCCGCUAGCGGAUCCCGUAAGCAUUCUCAUUGAGGAAAAGGUUAAGGCGUCUUUGCAAGCCGAAGGAGUUGUCAAGGAGGUGGAGCUUCAAGGCACAUUUUUCGUUACCGCGAACGACCCAGAGCGAGGGUCUCUUGCGGCCUUCCAGUUAACGCCGGAGGACAAAAGAUUUAAGAUGAAGAGCCACCCGAAUGUUGACAAGACGGCUCUGUCCCAAAACAGCUUGCUGCAAGUCCGAGACCCAUCAAGGCCGCUGCCUCCUCAUCAGCCUGCACCACUUCUCAAGUGGAGAGUCAGCGAAAAGGAUGAGAGCUUGGUGCCGCUGACGGUGAGCUGCUGGCCGUCUACGACGCCCACAGGCACUGUACUGACUGUUGAGCUGGAGGUUACGGACACUUCGAAACGUCUAGAAGACGUUCGUGUUUCCUUCAUGUGUCCAGCCCAGGCAAACCCUGAGCGCACUUUUACUGAUGAGCAGGUACUGAGAACGGAUGCGGGAACAACGGAGCAUGACGGUGUUUCGGUACACUGGUUCCUUCCGGAAAUGGGGCAACAGCUCACAGCUGCGACCAUCGAGCUCAAGGCCAACGCCAGCCUGACCACUCUCAUGCCGUUCUCCGUAGAGAUGCACAGUAGGGACAGUAUCUGUAAGGUAGAGGUGCUCCAGUGCACUCACAUGGAAACCAAAGUGGAGAUUCCCUUCUCUCUUACACGCAAAGUGGACUACCUUCUUACUGUACAUCCUUAA